AUGUCAUCCCCACUGCUCCCCACGCUGCGUGCCCAGGUACGCGGGUACAGUACGGCGCGUCCCCCGUCGUCGUCGGCGGGUGCGGGGUCGAAACCGGCGCCGCUCACCCGCUUCGUGCCUACGCGACCGGCGCGCAACUCGAUCGACGACAUCAAGUACCGUCCCCGCUCUCCCCCCUCAUCUUCUCCCAACGGUGGCCCCACGGGAGGAGGAGGAGGAGGGGGGCGCACGGGUAGGAAGGGCGAAGCGCAACGAUGGAGUAACCUCACCCUCAUCCUGCUCGCUUCUGCCGUCGGCUCUUCGACGUACAUGAUCGGAAUGUCACAGGGAUACAAGGCGGGCAAAAGGGCAGCUAUCGACUUCCCCGACCCGCCUUCUCCCCCAUCCUCUCCCUCGCCCUCGUCCUCGCCCACGCUCCCAACCGUCCCGCUCGCACCGACAUCGACGAGUCUCGUCUCCUCGCUCCUCGUCCCCUUUUCAAAGAUCCACUGCGACUCGGCUCCUCCUCCUCCUCCCACGUCGUCCCCCUCCACGACGACGACGGCAAAGGGCACAACGACCACGACGACGACGACGACGGACGGGUGUAGGCUAAGCGAAAUGGUGCAGUACCACUGUCGCAAACGGCCCAACCGCAUCGUCUGCACACCACUCGAUAGAGUGUUUCGAAUGUGUCCCGGUCGCCCAGCCGUCGAAGUGACGCAUCUCGUCGAAUUCGACCAGAACGGCACCCCGUUCCUCCCCGACGAGUUCGCAGAGGCGAUGCCCCCCUCGCAGCACUGGCAUGAGCUCCGCGCAUCUGACCUCUGA